AUGCGCGAGCUCGAGCACCCGUUCCCCUCGGACGCACCCGAAUCUCGAACUGCAAAAAAUGACCCAUAUCUCGACCCUGUCUGCGAGUCGCAGGGGCCCGCGUUGGUGGAAGGGGAUCUUUUUUGGCUUGUUAAUCGAUACUUUUCCGCGCCGGUCGUCCCCCUCUGUGCCCAUCCCGUCCUUUUCGACCCAGCGAUGCGCGAUCUUCUGCAGGGGGCGUUGGAAGAGGUGGGGCAGCGGGACGGCUUUAACACCGAAUUGAGCAUUAUUUUCUGGCCAUCCAAUAGCCCCCCGCAGCGGCCAGUCUCCCUAGGGAUUCUUCUCGACCAACUCGCAGAUUUCGGUAUCACAGAGGUUAAAAUAGCUGCUUCUCAGCCGCUAAACGCCAUGGAAGAAGAGCUUUGUAGAGGCCUGGGGGUUGAGGUGAUCGCUCUGGCGGUCCCUCCCGAUCGCGGCGUUGAUGUCCCCCCUUCUUUUCUCAACCCCAACGAGGUCGAAACGCAGCGAAAGGAGGAGGGGAUAAGCGGCGCCGAUCGUCUUCGAGAAGUCCUGCACUGCCUCCCAUCCUGGGCCUACACGAAAACCCCCAUCAAACCCCAGCCAUGGUCUCACUGGAUCACACCUCAAAAUACUUUAGAUUGUAAUCGGUGUUUUCUGCACUUGUGCGCCAAUUCCGUUCAGGCUGAAGAGCGCAUGGCGCGCCAUUUUCUAUCCCACGUCCUCCCCUCCUUCCCCCUCUCCCCACAAACCAAAAGUUCUGUGGCGUCUUUCUUUCCCUUUUUCCUCCCAACUGGAAAGGAAUUUUGGCUGUCGAACAAGUACUUCUCCGCAACCGUGGAGCUAUCGAUUUACGGCGGCCUCUGCGGCCUCCAAUCGCGCCAGGAAGUCCCACCCCUGGACUUUCUGGCGAGUUGUCAGGCUUUCAUUCUGAUUUGCACGCGCGCGAGUCUUCACCUCGCAUCGCGGACCUCCACUAGUCUAACAAUGGACCCCCAUUCUCUGGCGGAGGGUGAACAUCACCGCCAUGCCCAACACGUGGGUGGCCCAUCCCCGGCAAACCUGGCGGGGACUCUGAAAAACGUGCAAGGCCUUUUGGCGAACCAGUGGACUCUUGAGCAGGAGGCCUUCUUGACAAACGCGGACGGGCCUGGCGAAGUUGAAAUCACAACCUCCCCCUCCCACCCCAACGCCUUCGGGGAUUCCGCCGGCCUUAAAAGAUUUGCGAUUCUUUAUAUCAUCGAUGCGGACCUCUGUGAUGAGGCCCUUCUAGAUGAGAUCUUUGCGGAGGUGAACCAAAUCGUAUUGGACAACCGCGGGGAUCUUGGGGAUACGACGGAUGCGAUGACGGUGAAUUUUUCCCUAAUUGAGGUGGUAGGAAUGAAGGCCAUGCGGCCUUCUCGCCAUGUCGAGACUUUCGAAACGGAGGGCUGCUCUCGAAUCCGAGAGGCCCUUGAGCAGCACCGAUGGUUGUACACACACUCCACGACAGAAAAACUGGGUGAACCCAAUAAGGUAAAAACUCCGGAAGUUUCACCAAACGCCAUUAGCAGAAUAUUGCCAAGCCAAGACAAGAUGGAGUCUAAAAUGGAAAGCAUUCCAUCCGACGCACCCUACGAUGCUGAUGAAAAAAAAGAAACGCCCCCUUCGAUUGGCUGUGAGCCCCCACAGCAUUACCUCAUGGAUCCUCAAAGUUUGCGCACCGAGCCGGUCCCCGCACUCUUGUAUUUUAAUACGCUGCAAACGGAAGGCGUGGAAGGGAAUUACCACGCACUUCAGGACGACGUGGAAUCCACCUCUGGAUCCCUUCAGGAUGAUUUUACUAAUCUAAAAAAGGGCAAAGAUAAGGAUCUGGAAAUGCAACACUAUGAUGAGCUGAUGGGUUGGGUGAAUCGAAUCAAACGGUACGGUGACCAUCUCCCGCCAAAUGUGCGCCAAGUCCAAGCUGAGCUACUUACGCUAGCUUUAGGGAAAGCUCUCUCUUAA